AUGCUCAAAAAACCUCCAGAAACAGAAAACCCAGAAUACUCUGCGGAAGAGAAAAAGCCAUCAGACGAAAAUGCUGAUAAAAUAGCCCACGAAUUAGAGAGACAAUAUGCGGUGGGAGUUCGGGCAAGAACAGCAAGAGAAGAAGAUUUGGAAAGAAUGGCUCUAUCACCCGUUGGAAUGGAUGAAGAUACCACACAACCGAUCAAUAGAACGAUCAUUUAA